UGCGGUGUACGGCGGCAGAGAGCGAGACGUGGGGAUAAAUAGCGCAACCGGGAAUAGCAGGAUGAGUGUACAGAUAUUUGAUGAGAACUUUGGGAGCGACCUAAAAGCCGAGACGUGUGACUUCCUGUUCACUCCUCCGGGCACCGGCAGACCCUCUAUACUGCGUCCUUCACAGAAAGACAAUCUGCCUCCGAAGAGUGCUGUGAAAAGCGUGAAGGUGACGUUUAAGACUCCGAUGAGGGAUCCUCAGACUCAAAGAAUUGUAACUCCCAGCGGGGCGAACCGACCAGAGAGCAUGUUAACACUGGACGACUGUGCGCAGGCCUUGCAGCAGCUGAAUCUCAACUCCAGCUUACUGAAUUCAGAGGACCCAAAUAUUACAAGUGAUCCCACAACCCUUCCGGAAGAUGAAAUUCCAUUGAAGAGCAUGGGAGCGUACGCAAUUGAUUUUGACAAACUGGAUGAAAUCAAUCCAUUCAGAAGCACUAAUAAAAUGAUGAAUUCACCUGUGAGAUCUGAGCCUCCUACAUCUGACAUCAAUGAGCCUCAAUAUUUUGAUGUCUCUGCCAGCGAGCCUCCGAUGGGUGACGUCCCUGAGCCUCCAGCGGGUGAUGUCCCUGAGCCUCCAGCGGGUGAUGUCCCUGAGCCUCCAGCGGGUGAUGUCCCUGAGCCUCCAGCGGGUGACGUCCAUGAGCCUCCAGCUUUUGUCAUGGUCAGUGAGCCUCCAUCGGGUGACGUCCCUGAGCCUCCAGCGGGUGAUGUCACGAUCAGUGAGCCUCCAGCUUUUGUCACUGUCCCUGAGCCUCCAGUGGGAGACAUCCCUGAGCCUCCAGCUUUUGUCACUGUCAGUGAGCCUCCAGUGGGAGAUGUCCCUGAGCCUGCAGCGGGUGAUGUCCCUGAGCCUCCAGCUGACUUGGCGUUGAAAAGCCUGUUGGAGUCAUCUGUUCAUGCACCUCAUUCUGAUCGAGCUGUGGCUUUAUUAAGGUCUAGCCCAUCAAAUCCAGAGUCCCCAGUCACUGUACAGCUAGGCUCGGGAAGUGAAGACACGUCCAGUAAAGCUUCUCUAGAUGACACUGUUCCUCUGGCAGAGUCUAAACCCAUCCCAGAAGAGGCAUCAAAUAUGGCUGCAGCUGAAGAUACAGCCACAAUAAAUCCUCCAGAAGCAGAGUCAGUUAAUGUGGACACUUCGGGUGCAGACAUGGUACAGAACUCUACUAAUGUGGAUGCCGAGACGUCACCACCUGAAGUCCCAAAUUCUCCUCCACUGCCUAAAGCCUCUUACAAAUUUGACCCUGACCAAAUCGAUGCCAUUGAUCCAUUUAAUACUGGAGGUUCAAAGCUGCCAAACUCUCCAAAAAAUCCAGUUUCUGAAAAUGUCGAUAACUGUAAAGACGCGCCCCUGAAACUGGAAUUUGACUUUGGGGGCGGGGAUGCCGCUGUCCGAAAGCCACCACCUAAAAAUCUGGGGAAGCGUCUAGGUGUCAAACCUUUGAAGAAACCAGCUGCUCCCAAGGAAGCCGCACCAGAGAAACCUAAAAAACAAGAUCUUCCCAAGCUCUCAGAACCUGAGGAGGACAUCAUCGUACCUAAAGCUUCAUAUAACUUCAACUGGGACAAGUUUUGCGAUCCCAACUUUAAUCCUUUUGGAAGUGGAGGGUCAAAGAUGGCUGGGUCGCCCACAGUGGUGAAACCUGCUGGUGAUGUACCAGGUGUGAAGAAAGAGGACAGUCCACCAAAAGCAGAUGCUGGUAAACCUGUGGAGGAAUCCAGUGAAAAGGCCAAAGAUGAUAAACUGGUUCCAUCUGAAAACAUUGAGAGUGAGGAAGCGGACCUUCGAAAUCCAAACGGCCCGGCGGAGCUUCAGGUCACGUGUGAGGAAGUGUCAUCGUGCCUGGGACGCAGGCUGAUAACGUCAGACGCCGCUCCAUGUCAACAAGAAGAUGAGCUGAAGAGAUCCUGUAUGCUCAACCUCACUGAGUCGCAGAGGGCGACUGGCCGUAGACCCUCCAGGAAAAUCUCCUGGCGGGCCAAUGACCAGUAG